AUGUUGAGGUCAUUCACAAGAAGCUUCAAACUCACUGCACCAAAUGGUUUGAUCUCCAAGCCAGUUAUCUCUACUCUCCUCUAUUCAACUACUUCAAGAAAGUUAGAAGGAAAAAUUGCCGUCAUAACGGGCGGUGCAAGCGGGCUAGGCAAGGCCACGGCGGAGGAAUUUGUUAGUCAAGGUGCUCAGGUCGUUAUUGUAGAUAUAGACGAGGAGGCUGGUCAUAUGGUUUCGGCCGAACUUGGCUCAGCCGCACAUUUCAUAAGAUGUGAUGUCACUAUGGAGGAACAAGUCGCUAAGGCCGUGGAGACCGUCGUGUCUCGCCAUGGGAAGCUCGACGUAAUGCUCAAUAGCGCUGGGAUAUCAUGCUCCAUAUCACCACCAAGCAUAGCGGACCUAGACAUGGACAUUUACGACAAAGUGAUGCGUCUUAACGUGCGAGGCACCGUCUUAGGGAUAAAACACGCGGCUCGAGCCAUGAUCCCUGCUGGCUCAGGAUCGAUCCUUUGCCUCUCAAGCAUCAGCGGCUUGAUGGGCGGUCUAGGUCCACAUGCAUACUCAAUCUCUAAAUGCACAAUCCCGGGUGUGGUCAAGACUGUUGCUAGCGAGUUGUGCAAACACGGCUUAAGGAUCAAUUGUAUAUCCCCCGCAGGCAUCCCGACGCCUCUAACAAUGAGGAUGUUUCGAGAAGCCCUAGCGGGUCACAACAUUCCUGAGGAACAACUUUUAGCGAUUGUGAACGCAACAGGGGAGUUAAAGGGAGAGAAGUGUGAAGAGAAAGAUGUAGCUAAGGCAGCUUUGUACUUGGCAUCGGAUGAUGCUAAGUUUGUGACGGGGCAUAACCUUGUUGUUGAUGACCUCAUGGAGAAGUCAUCAAUGGCGACCGUACUGAUGAUCAGAUCAAUCGCCAGAACCUUUAAACGGAAAGCCUCAGCCCCGGCCUCAGCCGCUUACUCUACAGGCGGUUGUACUUGUACGAGCAAGAAGCUAGAAGGUAAAGUAGCUUUCAUAACCGGCGGUGCAAGCGGGCUCGGUAAAGCCACAGCCGGAGAAUUUCUCCGGCAAGGUGCUCGAGUAGUGAUCGCCGAUUUAGAUGCGGAAAGCGGAAUUAAAGCCGCUAAAGAGCUAGGCUCGGCGGCAGAGUUUGUGCGGUGUGACGUCACGGUUGAGGCAGAGGUCGCUGGAGCCGUGGAAAUGACGGUAGCAAAGCAUGGGAAGCUAGACGUGAUGUAUAACAAUGUUGGGAUCGUGGGGCCCAUGACUCCCCCAAGCAUAUCGGAGCUUGAUAUGACGGAGUUCGAGAGAGUGAUGAGGAUUAAUGUCUUAAGCAUUGUAUCCGGCGUUAAGCACGCCGCUAAGGUUAUGAUUCCGGCCGGGUCGGGAUGUAUAUUGUGCACGUCAAGCGUGGCAGGAGUGAUCGGAGGGUUGGCUCCACACUCAUACACAAUCUCAAAGUUCACAAUCCCCGGAAUCGUGAAAUCGGUGGCUAGCGAGCUCUGCGAACACGGCGUGCGUAUCAACUGUAUCUCACCGGGCACGGUGGCGACGCCGCUCACUCUCCGUUACCUUCAGAAAGUGUUUCCAAAGGUGACGGAGGAGAAGCUCCGUGAGACGGUAAAAGGAAUGGGUGAGUUGAAAGGAGCCGAGUGCGAAGAAGCUGACGUGGCGAAGGCUGCUCUGUAUCUGGCCUCCGAUGACGGAAAAUACGUUACCGGCCAUAAUUUGGUCGUUGACGGUGGCAUGACUGCUUUCAAAAUUGCUGGUUUUCCUUUUCCUUCUGAUCCAUGA